AUGUCGUCGUCGAUAGCAAUCCCCAAGCGCAAGCAGCCCGCCUCGAGUAGCUCUGGCUUUGCUUCUGCGUCGUCGUCUUCGUCGUCUCCUUAUCCCAGCUGGGCCAACAACACUGUCUCUCCUUCCUUCUCACCUUCAUCGCUGGCCUCGACGUCUGCUUCUCCAUCUUCGGCCUCGACUCCAUCCGCCAUGGCCCGCUAUGCCGAGAGAAGACCCUCACUGCUUGGUGACUCGCUCAACAAGUCCGAGUACACUGAGAUCAUCCUCACAGACGAGGAGGCUGCCGCCAUUCUUCCCCAGUAG